AUGCCGUCCCGUGUCUGUGCCUCUCCCCUUUGCAUGCGCAGCCCCCCACCCCCUUUUUCUCCAGGGCUUCCCACACCCGCGAGGGGCGCACCAUGCCCCGGCAGAGGGGGGUCUCGUCCCCGGCCCACCGCCGCCACACGCCGGAGCCCGGCCGCCGCCACUUCCCAUGAGGCCACCACCACAACUCAGCUCGACCGCUCUGUAUGGGGCCCCGCGUACAUGAAUGAUCCCCAAGCCCUGAAUGACUUCCUUCAUGGGACCAAUGAGACUGAAGACCUGCUCAUUAACUCCUCCUCUGGGGAGCCCUCCCUCUUCACAGAUGCCCCGAGCCCCGUCUCUCUGCUGGGAGACGGCGGGGAUUCCCCCAACACGCCUCCACCUGGCUGUGUGGAUCUGUCCUUCCUGGAGGAGGCCCUCCUGUCUUCUCCCGAGGCGGCGGAGGACCCGCCUGCUGUGCGGCUGGGGCCGCCUGUGGAGGCGGGAUGUGACGGCGAGGCGGGGGGCGUGGAGGAGGAGGCGGAGGAGGAGGCGGCGGCGGCGGAGGUGGCGUGCGACAUCCUCCAGCAGAGCCUGCAGGAGGCGGAAAUCACCGAGCACACCAUGGCUCUGGAGGCCGGCCUGUCCCUGUACCCGCCCGCCCCGCUGCUCCCUCCCCCCGCCGCGCCCUUCCUCCCCAAGCCUGUGACUCUGCCCGUGGCCCCGGCGUUGCCCAGGGACACGCAGGCGGCGGUGGAGCCCCCCCAGCCCUCCCUGCUGGCCGUGGGACCGGGCUGCCCCUCCCUGAAACCCGCCGCCCCCCCCCAGCUGAUGGGCCUGCUGCCCGGGAACGUGUUUCCGGCGCCGUCUCCAGAGGCCUCCUUCUCCCUGAGUCCCGCCCAGGCUUCCAGUAUGAUCAUCCACAAGGCCGUGGCCGGCCGGCCCCUCAUCGCGCCCACGCUGAGGGCCGCGGCGGCGGCGGCGGCGCCGGGCAUCAUCCUGCAGCGCGCCCCGCUGCCCAUCCAGCCCAAACUCCCCGUCAGCAUCCAGCCCCGACUGGUUCAGAUCAGCCCCAAGCCCUCAGGACAGAAACCCGCGCCCGGGCUCGCCUUCGUCCCCGGGGCCGCCUCGCCAAAUAUCCUGCUGUCCCAGGCCCCGGGCCAGAAGGCCGUGGCGCCGCAGCCGCCGCCGCCGCCGCAGCUGGCCAAGCCCGUCAGCCUGCAGCUGGUCAACCAGGGGGGCUCUUUCGUGCUCCAGCCUCAGGGACUCUUCCAGGGCCAGAACCAGUUCCUCCUCCCGGGCCAGUGUCCCGUCACCAUCUCCCAGCCGGCCCGGGCCGCUCAGCCUCUGCUGACCCCCAGCCACCACGGCCCGUCCGCCCAUGGCGUGACCCCCACCGCCGGCCAGCUCGUGGACGGCUCCCAGAUCUUGACUGUUCCCCAAAGGCAGCUGAAUUUCGGGCCAGUCUUCACCACCCCCACCGGGCAGCUAGCUCUCCGCCAGGCCACUGUGCUUUCUGGACCUCUGCAGCUCCAGUCGGCCCCCGCCGCCGUCUUCCAGAUGGCCGGAGCGUACGCUCCGGGAGGCCAGGGGCAGCAGGCCACCCUCGUCCACGGCCCCGCUCUCGGGAACCACAUCACCUUGAUCAACAGUUCCGGGGUGCUCCCCCCGGACCUCACUUCCAUCUCCAUCGUGAACGGCCCCUCGGUGGUCCAGGGGCUGCCCUUCGCCACCCCGGCUCCGGCCCCGGCUCCUCCGGCCCCUGUUCCGGCCGUGGCGGAGGGGCAGCUGGGCCUCCAGCAGGCCUCGGUGGUGCUGCUGCCCGAGCGGGCCGUCCAGGAGGAGAGGGGCAGCCCGGAGGAGGCCUUCCAGCAGCUCCAACAGUCCUUUGGCCACGUGGUCCAGCAUGUCUCUGUGCAGCCCACCUCAGCAGGGCUGCGGUCCCCUCCUCCUCAUCCUCCUCCUCCUCCUGCUCUUCCUCAUCCCGCCGUUACCGUAUUGACGCCUUCUCCCGAGCGGCCUCUUGCCCCCGACCCGGCGGCAGAGAUGCCCAAACGUUUGAUGCCCCCGGCUGACCUCGACCAGGUGGUGGAGGAGGUGACCCAAACCAUGAGUCAGAACCAGGCCUUUAUGCAGCAUCUGCAGCAGCAAGCACUUAGUUCCCCCAUCCCGUCUGAGUUACUGGUUGGAUCGCUGCCGGUGGUGCCCAUGGAGCCGCUCCCCUCGCCGGCCUCUGACCCGGAGAGCCGGCGUCCGGCCCGAGCCGUCUGCGGUCAGGACGCCCAGCCGAUGUCGGAACAGCGCGUGGAGGUUUCUCCGCUCCGUUCUGACCCGGAGGAGCCACAGCUGCGCUGCUCCCCGCCUCCCGUCGGGGACGGGGGCGGGCCGGCUCCGGUGGAGCCUCUGGUCCCUCCCCUCGGACCCGAGUGCGCCCGGCCUCCGUCCUCUGCCCCGCGGCCACUCACCGAGCCCAAAGUCCAGUACCAGAUCCCCCCGCUCCGGGCCCCGCAGGCUCUGUUCGCCCCGGACCAGGCGCCGAUUCAGGCGUCCGCUACCCAAACCUCGCCCCAGGCCCAGGCCCCGGUGCCCCAAGCCCCGGUCCAGCUGGGCGCUGCCCAGCCUCAGGCCUCCAGCCACAGCAGCCCGCCCCCUCUGCAGGCCCCGGGGCCUCAGCUGGCCGUCGCCCUCUCCAAAGCGGGGGACGACUCCGCUGUCCAGCCGCACCCCAACGACAAGCCCACAGCUGCCUUGGCCUCAGAGGGUAAAGCCUUUACUCUCAGCCUCCAUCCACCAUCUCCCGCCGCUGUCCAGGGGGCCGCCGCCGUCCAAGGGCCUCCCCCACCUGUGGAGUCUGUCCCCAUCCAGAAGCCGGCGGGCCCCGUAGAGCAGCAGAGAGAGGAGAGGCUCCCACCAGCCAUGCGCCGGCACAGAUUCCAGCAGCAGCUUCUUAUGGACCAAGGGGCGGUGCAGAACCCCUUCACGGGCCCGCCGUUCGCCACGCUGAAGGACGCCGCCAGGCGCCUGCUGCCCUACCACACCUGUGCCAGCCGCGGGCCCGCCCCGGAGGACUUCGCUUUAGUGGACCAGGAGUUCGACACCGUUUCGGGCUUUCUCCUAAAGCGCACCAAGGACAUGGUCAACAAAUACAGGCAGCUACUGGUCCGGGAAACCCAGCUCUCACCUGCACUUCCGUACCACUCGGAGAGUGGAUUCUCUAAUGAAGUGACCACCAAAUGGUCUUCGCAGGAGAGCCCGUCAGCAGAGAUGGUGAUGCUGGAGCGUCUCUUCCUCCAGGCCGAGCGCUACGCUUUAACGGAGGACAGGCGGCGAGCUCGCAGAGACCCAGAAACUUUCAUGGCAGCCUUGGCUACAUCCGCGUCUUCCCCACAAAGAUACCACCCUUCAGCCGCCUCCCACCCGUGCUCCUCCGGUAGCCCCUCCUCUCCCCCGGCCUGGACUCGGCUGUCCGAGCGCCCCCCCGGGCUCAAGACGUACCGCUCCAGCUCCCGCGGGGCCCUCAGACUCACCAUCAAGCAGGAGUCCGGCUCCCGGAAGGUCAUCCACAACUCGGCCUGCGACUCGGGGGUCAAGAGGGACCACACGGGCCAGCUGACCAACGGCGGGGAAGCCGCGCACGAGGGCCACUCGCAGACGUCCGAGGGGGCCCCGAAGGGCCCUCAGCGCGACGAAAUGUCCAACGGGGCUCUGUCCGGCGGUGCUGGCGGGCAGCCUGCCCUUCCGGCCAGUCCCAAAACGAAAGCCCCGCUGCCCCGGCCCGCGCCGGAACCGCCGGACGUUCCCUUCGAGCUGCCUCCCCGAGACGCCAGCGCCCCCAAACUGAAAUGCUACAGGCCGGACGCGUCGCCUCGGCCGGAGCAGCGCCGCAUCCCGCCUCCGCCGCCACAGCAGCCGCCGCCGCCGGCGCUCCAGGAGGACCACAUGCUCAGUGAGCAUCUCCAGAGCGCCAUCGACAGCAUCCUGGAACUCCAGCGUCUGCAGGGCCCCCCCGCGGCCCCCGGCAGGGCCGCCCCGGGCCCCCCGCUGGACCAGGCCGUCACCAGCAUCCUGGAGGGUCACCUGUGA